UUCUACGGUCUGGUGGUCUAGUGGUAUGAUUCUCGCUUAGGGAAAACCCUUAGCUACAGCUUGCGAGAGGUCCCGGGUUCAAUCCCCGGCCAGACCCUUUCUUUUUGCCAAUUUUGCCAAUUUCCUAUGCGUUACUAGGCUUGAAAUGCAGCUAAUAAAGAAAAUCAUGUGGGAUCCUUCUUUUUGAACGGCUGAGUGCUUGCUGCAUGUGCCAAACACGUGGGUUGUAGCAAGAAUUCAGCAUUUAGGAUUGUUCGCUCUUUUGCUAGUGAUAUUAUGUGUCUGUGUUUUCAUUUCGCCAUUUCUUUUACUGAAAUUUCUUUUCUAAAUAAAAACAAAAUAAUUUUAAUCCCUUCUAUCCCAGCCAACGAGUUUACUGUCAGCCCCACAUCAACCUCUGGUGGGGGCACUGCCUACGAGAAUUUCUAGAGCCUUCUGAACUUCUUUCUCCCCAGCUCCUUUUCUCUUCUUCAAGCUCCAAAGCAUUUGAUCACUCUGUGGCAGCAGGAACGGGAUCAUUGACUAUCAUUACUGCAUAGAGUAUUUAAUUGGUAAGUGAUUUGGAUAAUAUUCCUCUUCUUUUUCUUUCUCUUCCUAUUUCAUGAUGAUACACCAGCUGGCACCAGUCAUAGAGUGACUUGUACUCCCUUCAUUGAUGACAUAUUUUGCUGUGGUCCAAGACCAUUUCUGACUUGAAAUACCUCAAUUUCUUCUACCAAUCAUGUUUUUCAUCUUCAAAGUUGCGUUGUGCUAACACAUGAUUGCUGGCAGGCUUGACAAGACCAACAUUACCAUCAUAUCGACACCAUGGUUCUCCAUAACCCCAAUAACUGGCACUGGGUGAACAAGGAUGUAUCUCCCUGGGCAAAGCAAUGGUUCGAGGACAACUUGUUAAAGCUCGAAGUAACGAAGGGCGACGUGUCCGCCAAGAUUAGCAAGGUCCAGUCCAUGGACGGUGAUGUAGACGUCAGCCAGCGCAAGGGCAAGGUCAUUACCAUCUUCGAUGUUAAGCUGGUCCUCGAAUAUUCCGGCUCGACUGCCGACGAGAAGGAUGUAUCGGGCACUAUCACAGUCCCUGAGGUUGCCCAUGAUACCGAAGAGGACGAAUAUGUCUUUGACAUUGAUAUCCACUCCGACUCGAAAGCAAAGCAGCCUGUAAAAGAUUUGGUCCGAUCCGACCUAGUUCCCCUUCUGCGCAAAGCAUUUCAACAGGUUGCCCCGGCCCUGAUUGCUGAGCAUGGCAAAGAUAUCCAGCAUGCAGCCGAUGCUAACCCAUCGAGCGGCUUUUCCACCCCAAAGACAUACCCACAGGCCUCUACACCAACCAGCAACGACAAAGCUGCUAGCUCCAGUACGAGCGCUGGUGGCAUAGUCAACACCACCACCGUCACUGAUAACGAGGAAUUCCGAACCACGGCUGCCGAGAUGUAUCAGACGUUUGUGGACCCUUCUCGUAUUGCUGCCUUUACACGGUCUCCCCCCAAGCUUUUUGAUGGUGCCAAAACGGGAGGCAAGUUCGAGCUCUUUGGCGGCAACGUGUCCGGCGAGUACCUCGAACUUGAUGAGCCCAAGAAGAUUGUCCAGAGCUGGCGUUUGAGUCAGUGGCCCGCUGGUCACCACUCUAAGCUCCAAAUUGAGUUUGACCAGAAUGAUGUUGACCACGUGACGGUCAUGCGUGUAAUUUGGACUGGCGUUCCGAUCGGACAAGAAGAAGUUACGAAGAGAAACUGGUCCGAAUACUAUGUGAAGAGCAUCAAGGCUACUUUUGGAUUCGGCUCCAUCUUGUAAAACAUUUGAUUUUGAAAAAUGAACAAACGAAAUAGCAUUCAUGGGAUAUAAAAACUACGGUCUAGAUGAGGAUGGGAGUUGAGGGUGUUCUUCUAUCACAGGCGGCGGAGGCUGAAAAGUCAUUUAGUAGGUCUAGCGGACUUCUACAUAGGACCUAGAUGCGUGUUUAUGAUGGGCAUGAGCGACGUUGAUGAAUAAAUCUUCUUUUAUAUAUAUCCAAAAGGUACUAUACAUAAAGGUUAACCUAUCCCUAUCUUCUUGUGCGACGCAAUCUAUCCACCGGUAAGUCAUCUUUGGUCACGCCAAAUCCAUAGCUCUCCACGAAGACAUCAGCCAAGUUGUCCCAGAAGCCCAAGUCAUACAUAUUUUCCACUUCCUGUAUGCUUUGUAUACGCUUCCAGUCACCAGCGCCUGGCAACGACCGUCCACUAGAAGUUGGAGGCUGCCCAUCCGUAGUGGCCAUCAAAACCAUCUGUGGUUCAACUGGCCAUCGCGGGCAAAGAGGCUCUAUCUGUCUAUUUUUCACUCUACUUCCCGGAAGCGGGCGAGUAAAAGCAUACCCGUCGCCGAUGUCUUCCUGCCAAUCAGACCAUUUUAGUGAUUCGUUUGUAGUAAAGCCUCGAUAUACGUGAUAUAACGUGUACGCGAGCAAGCCCCAAACCAUUGGAGAGGUGAGCAGUGAAAGAAGAGUCGUUGCGCCAAGGUUAACUUCACGCUCCAUUGCCAAAGCCCACGAACCAAAGAAUUGGAAGGCUCCUUCUUUCCAUGACGGCCACAAAUGGAGCAGUGGGUAUCUCUCGCGCAUAGCUGCCGAUAAAAGUGAAACCCCAAGGAGGCCGCCAUAUGUAGUUAGUAAGGCUGUUGAUGCCAAGAGAAGUAUGAACCAAUGUUGGUUGCCGUAUCCAACGCAUGAGUUGAUAAAAACACAAUGAUGGUCUGCUUUUGCGACACAUCGUUUGCAGAGGCUGCAAUGCUUUGAACGCGCCGGUUUUAAAAUGUUGCAAGUGCGACAGACGUUGCCUGGGUGAAAGAUGGCAUAGUCGUAAGGAUAUAGCGACAUAUGAUAGGAGUGUGUUUCGUUUGUGACGAACCCCGGAUCACUGACGCAAGCCAGGUAGAGAAAUAUGUACGGCAAAGCAACUGUCACUAUGACAGUUAAUUUGACGAAAUACGACGAUAGGCGAGGCCACGCCGCAGGUAGGAACAUGUAUUCUCCACCUAUCAUGAUAGCAGCGAAAAAGAU